UGUCUGAGUGGGCCAUGGUGACUGCUAACCAGGCUCUGAAGGCAGUAGGCCUGUUCAUAGCUUGUCUACUGAAGUCUAUCACAGACCUGUUCCUCACCAAGCCUUUGUGGGCCAGCCUGAAGGUUCUGGAGGACACUGACCUAAGGGCCACCGGAGGAAUUCAUGAGACAUAUAAGGCCAAAGCUCUGUGGGAGAAGACUGGGGCAGUGAUCAUGGUGGUACGACGCCCUGGAUGCUUGUUGUGCAGAGAGGAGCUGUCCUCUCUGAAGCCCCAGCUAGAGGAGUUGGGGAUCCCUCUCUUAGCCGUGUUCAAAGAGAACAUUGGCCAAGAGCUGGACGCCUUCAAGACAUUUUUUACUGGGGAAGUCUAUGUAGACCAAAAGAGAGCAUUAUACGGUCCUGUGGAGCAUUAUAUAUUCCUGUCUGCGUUGCUGCGUAUCGGGGUGUGGAGAAGCCUGUGGAGGGCCAAUAGGAAGGGCUGCACAGGAAAUAUAAUCAAAGGAGAAGGUCUUUUACUGGGGAGAGUGUUCGUCAUUGGGCCCGAAGAUCAGGGAAUUCUGCUUGAGCACCGUGAGAAGGAGUUUGGGGAUAAAGUCAACCCAAUUCAAGAUGGCUUGGCUACUGCGAAAUAGUUUACACAAACAGCUUAAAGUCACCAUGCAGUCUUUUUAAUUGCAUUUUUAAAUCAUCACUGUAUGUAUAAUACAUCACUGUGUGUGUGUUUAUUUCAUGUAAAUAACUCAAAAUAUAUUUUUCAUAAUUUAUUGUCCUUUUGCCAUUGAAAUACUCAGUCUGAUCAUGUGGGCAUGUUGAUACAAAUUUAAAUAUAUUUACAUACAGUGCCCUAAUUUGCCGGAUAGGAUCGUCUGGACUAAAGAGCCUACCUAACUUUUAACGUGGGGCGAUUCCUAUUUUCCACUUAAUUUGUAUUUAGUGACACAUUUCCCCCCCUUUUUAGUGACAUGUUCACCCCCUGGUUUAAAAGCACAUGCAUGAAUGGUUCUUUAUACAUUUAACAUGGUAGUUUUGGUUCUUUUAUGCAGGAAUGACUUUCCACUCACAUGUGUUAGCCUCUCAUUGACUAUGAGUAUGCACUUUUGUGUAAAAUGUAUAGUCUAUAGUGAAUGUAUUUGUGCUACUUCACAGUAUGUCUGUCAGUCUCUGUGCAUAGAAUUUUUACUUUAGAUUGUACUUUUUUCUGGCAUCCAUAAUCCUGUAGGUGAUUUAUACAUCAUUGAAAUUGACCCAGCAGACCCACCCCCAAAACCAGCAGAACCUUUCCCUUUUUCACUGUGCUGAACCUGUCCUGAUCUCAUCCCUGGACAUGUCCUGUCAACAGUGCUGUGUUGUCCUGUGUACUGGUCUCACUACUGUCCGGUUGUCGUCAUGGGACUGUGUGGGUGUUAAUGAAGGUCUGUGUCUAAAAUCUGAAUGAUGAGAGCUCAGGGCUGAUGCUUACACACGCAGUCACACUGCUCAAUGGACAAAGAUUAGGCUCGCUACCAGGAAAAUGCAUGAACUGUU